AUGUAUGAACAGAUUAAGCUGCAAGAAGAUCGGAAGGAACGUCGUCGUAAGAUAAAAGAAUCAGAUGAUAACAAGGCACGCGAGCAAGCUAAGCGAAAACACAAGAAAGAUAAGAGUAAACAGAAAAAGAAGAGCAAAAAGCGUCGUCAUUCUUCUCCAGCGGAAUAUGAUUCUUCCACUUUAUCUUGCUCUCCAGCAUCAGAAUCUAAUUUAAGUGACUCAGACGACGACCUUAUAGACGCAUUUGCCAAGAUUGUCCAACAACAGUCAGUUGAGGAGCCUAGACUUUUACCAUCUGAUUCGAAUCCGACCGAAUCUGAAAACUCAAUUAAACCUGUCAAAGCAGGUUCACCCUAUCAAAUAAACAAGCCAGUGGAUGAUAAGCAUAUAAAAUGCAUUCAGGAUCACUCCCUGCCCUAUCAGCGCCAGAGUCCAUUGGAUGACUCGCGAUCUCGCCGUCCAGAGCCAGGUCGAGCCUUUCACAACUCAUCCCAGGGUGCUUCGAGGCCUUUACCCCCAUAUCGCAACCGUCGUAUGGAUGGUGAAUCGCAAGGCUACAGAAACCCAGAGCGGUUUGGCCCGGCUGGACACCGUUAUCCUCCUGCACCUCAUUCACACAAUUACAAGCAGCAGCCAAGACUUAGUCGCGAAGAGCUAGAGGAGCGGCGUGCCAAAAUGGCGCGUGAUGGGGCGGUCCGCGAGUUAGAACUUGCGGAACGCUCUGCAAAGUAUGUUGAGGCGGCACGCUUUCAAGAGGCUAAAGACCAUGGUGACCAGAUGAAUCGAGGCGCCGGCUUUCUGGCACAGAUGAAACUAGACCACGUGGCCUCGAGUUCAGUGCAAGAGGGUAUUCAGCGCAAAGCAGCGACGAGGCAAAGUUCGAAGACAGAUACAGAAGCCAAAUUCUUAGACCGCUAA